GGCAUCCGUCAUCCGACAACAACGUGUGAUGGAUGCAACCACAGCGGCAUCCGGGGAAUUCGCUGGAAGUGCCUUGAUUGUUUCGACUACGAUCUGUGCACUGCGUGCUACGGCUCGGACAAGCACGACACACGCCAUACGUUUUGGAGGAUCGACAGGGCGUCAUCAAAACGGUAAAAUACAGCAUCGUUUAAAUACACUUUCGCUCUCUAUUUGGUAUUGGUUAAUUUUCAUUUCUUCCAAUUUUACAGUUUAUUUAUUUUAGGUUUUUAUUUUCGCGAUUUAAUUUUAUGUAUUUGUUUCUUUUCUUUAACAAAAAAAAAAGGUUAGUACUAGAAAUUGUCUCAUUCAAUCUUACCCUAAAAAAGCUAAAUUCUAGGUUUAAUUUCUAUUUAGUCUUUCUAUCAAAUCUAAUUAAAUGAAAUAUCCAAUUACAGAAUGUAAGAAAUAUGAUACAUUUUGACGUCAAUUGUGGGUUCCAGACAAGCGUAUACAAUUUAAUUACAAAGAACAUCGAAAUAAUUGUCAUUCUCAUUAAAGAUCAAGUCGUUUUUCAUGGAAAAUGUAUCAUGGGUUUAUUGUUCAUGUCACGAAUCAAUAACUUCAGUAAUCAUAUUGUCGUCCUUCCAGCAUGGACUAAUCAUAUCGGUACCGUCCUAGCAGAGUGUAAAUAUAUUGUCAAAAUUUGAUGUAGAGAAGCACACUAUUGUAAAAUGUUCAUAAGAGUAAACUUUGUUGUAAUAAUAAUAAAAAAAAACAACUUUGCUUGUGUUGAGCUGCGGUCUGUCCUUAAGACCCAACAAUUGACACAACCUUGAAAAUCUAAAUCCCGACAUUUGAAAAUACACGGAAUUAUUAUUAUUAUUUGUAUUUUUUCGGAGUGGUGUAGGGUUAUACUUUCUUUGACGCCCUACCCCAUUCAUAGUCCAGUUAGAAUAUUGAACGGUGGCUACACCUUAAAGAAACGUGUUUUCGUUAUUCAUUUACGGAUAGAUGAAACAAAAGGUCAGCCACACUUUUAUGCAAGCCUAAUAUAAUGGUUCACCGCUUGUGAAAUUUACAUGCUAUUCGUCAUCGCAUGAGAUAAACCUGGUAAUAUAAAUAAAUGCCAAUAAAAUGCAAUGGUUGAAAAACGUUAACAUUUCUCUGUAUUUUAUAGCGUAAAAUUACCCAGGCGAUGUGAAGGUGAAAAACUCCAAGCACAGGGGAUAUUUGCCGAUGCAGGCGUGUGCCGUGUCCAAGACUGGGAUGAGGAUGACCAGGAGGGUCGGUAGCGCUCUAGCCUAUUUCAUUUGUUUGUGUAAAACAACUCAGUUGACACCAGAGAUGAACUCAUUGCUACUGUAAACAUUUUAAGUAACGUGUGUCUGGCACUGGUCGUGUUUUUGCUUAAGCUGAGCUUUUUUUUUUUUGUCAAUGCUUUUUUCUCCGUACAACGGCCUGGAGUGCGGAGAUCUUCAGACUCCAUAUUGUGCUUUUAAACAAAUUUUAAAAAAAACAUUGCUCAGAUUCCUUAAUUAAUUCAUAAACUGUAAUCUUCUUAUAAACUCAAACUUCACUUACUGGAAAUUUGUUGAGAGAAGGGAAUUAACGAAAUAAUAACUGAAAUAUGGACUUAAAAAAAUGGUAUUGAUGAAAUCAUAAAAUAAAACUUCAGAAAUGUUUAUUGUUUUUAAAAAGCUAAUUUACUGUGUUUAUUUUUAGAAGCCGAAUCGAAGGAAGGACGAGUGUUGACAAUCGGAGACUGGCCCCUCCAGAAUGUUUCAUUCAACAGCCUUGCAACUGUCAAGUGGUCAGAUGGCACGGAAAGCAACUGCAGACUUGGCUAUGGGGGGAAAGUAGAUCUAAAAUUCAUUAAGUCCUCUUUUGGCCAAGUCUACUAUAAAGACCACCUGCCGGUUUUAGGUCUGUUUCAAAUGUUAACACACUAAAUUAUUUUUUUUUAAAUGUGGGAAAUUGUAUUUGCUGUCUCUUGUAAUUGGGUCAUUGCUUCUUGUUGUUUAAAUUCCUAUUUGUUGUCAAUGAUAAACCUGUAACAUAUUUACAUUGAGGAUUCCUUGAAACCCAUUUUUAACUGUACAUCAUUGAAGUGUGUCAGGCAAUAAAGGAGAUACUAAACAUCAAACAAUUUACGAAGAACAUUAUGAAAGCAGGUUUAGGCAUGGGCAUGUGUAUCAGAUUCAAGCAACUGCAACAUUAAGAAACUAUCAUUCAUGUUCCAAGCUGAAAAAACGUAUGUCUAAAAUAUUAGCAUCUUCACGAAUGCUUGUAAUUUUACCAAUUGUUUUGGUGACAAUUAGUAUAGAAGGAUUCCAUAUUAUUUAAAAAUAUUUUUUUAAAAAAAGGUUUCAUAUCUCACUGAGGUACAACAAAACAAAUAUUGAAGAGGUCACUUGUUCGAGGAGAGAAACUAUCAAAAUUAUGCAUUUUACCUACAGGAAAACCUGAGGUUUCCGAAUGCAAAUUUGACAUUGGUGACGUGGUGUCCUGCUGGUGCGAUAGUGCCACGGUGAGGCGACUUCAGGAAAACCACGGAGGAUGGACUGAAGAGAUGAGCAGCGUAAGUGCUCGUCGCGUUGUCGUAUGACAUAAAAAAAAAAAACGGACUGAUGGAUUGCUCAUAGCAUUUUUUAAAAUGAUGAGUGGAAACAUUUUCUUGGGGGUGGACUUACUAUGAGCAAAGAAUGUGAAUUAAUAAAUAGUAAAUUCUUUUUUAAUGUGUGUUUUGGAGUGGUGUGUGUGGUGAGAUAAAUAAUAGCGAUUUGAAUCUAAAUUUUGCAAAUUCAUAUUUAAAAAUAAAUAUUAUAAAUAGCUAUAAUUGUUUUACUUCUAAAGAUUUUUCAAAUUUAAAUUUAAAAAAAAAUCUGUUUUAAAAUUGCCAUGUAGGGUACGUCCACAUUUUUUUUAAAACAGAGUAGCUUGCCCGUGGUUGUCGCCAACUUUUAUCAAUUUGGUUUAGUUCCAAACUCAUGUUUGUUGUUUCUAAACUUGAUUCCGGCCAGUUAAGUAGGGCUAAUUACAAAAGAUCCAAUAAUAUAGUUUUUAAAUUAAAAUUAAAAAAUUUACUCCGAAUAAUUUCUUUCCGCCAAGACGUCAUCCGAUCCAUGUUUACUCAGCCAAGCCAUGACAACCACAAAAAUAUGAAAGCGGAAAUUAUAUACACCAAGCCAUUAUGAUGUUAAUUCUUCGAAAUUAUAGGUUUUUUUUUCCCUUUGUGAUCGAAACCCCAUAGACCAAUCACACAACAAAAAAAUUUAUUAUAAGUGCGACUUUUUGGCACCGGAAGAGCCUUCGCGUAGGUCAUGCAAACUUAGCAACUCGCGGGGGAGGGGGGUGCGUUCGGAUAUUUAAGGGUCCAAAAAUUGUUAAAAAAUAACACUUGAGAAGGCAGGGAGUAGAAAAACAAAAAGUAGCAGGGAUCCCCAUAAUCCACGGGAUGACUCUGCUCAGCUGCUUUAUUUUCUUUACUGAUUAAGAUACUCAAACACUCCUGAUUAGGAACCAUGUUCAGGUAUUUUGACGCUUAACUGAUAGAGUUGCGUCAUACUGAAAAGAGAACCAUUGGUUUCAAUGUGUUAAAAACUGAAUUUAAAAAAAAUAUUUUUUUCAAUGAACUAUCAUUUGUUUGAAUGGUUGUUGUACACCGUCAUAUUACUGGCCGAAUGAAUUGAUUUUACUUCGCCAACAGUACACGAGCUUAACAGGGACUGUGGUCGACAUUGACGAUGAUUGUGACGUGAGUGUACAGUAUGCC